AGCUCAUAUGUUUGUGUUCCUCUCUCCAUGCGUAAAUGUUAUUUGUGUUCUUACAUUUUUCUCUAUUUUUUUUUUCUUAAACUAGAUUGUGAUUGAUCGAUCGAUGGUGAAGUUGACAAAGAGAAUAGGAGGGCUCGUGCUGCGAUUAGCGGCAUUUGGGGCGGCUCUCGCCGCUUUGAUCGUUAUGGUCACUAGCCGCGAGCGAGCUUCAUUCUUUGCCGUCUCUCUUGAAGCCAAGUACACCGAUAUGGCCGCGUUUAAGUAUUUUGUGAUCGCAAACGCUGUCGUGAGUGUCUAUAGCUUUCUGGUUCUGUUUCUUCCAAAGGAGAGUUUGCUGUGGAAGUUCGUGGUCGUCUUGGAUUUGGUGAUGACAAUGCUGCUGACGUCAAGUUUAUCGGCGGCAUUAGCGGUGGCGCAAGUGGGAAAGAAAGGAAACGCAAACGCAGGUUGGCUUCCGAUUUGCGGCCAAGUUCCAAAGUUUUGCGAUCAGAUCACCGGAGCUCUAAUCGCCGGUUUCGUCGCACUCGUCCUCUACGUCUUCUUACUCUUAUACUCUCUCCACUCUGUCGUUGAUCCUUUUCUUCUCCAGAAAUCUUGAAUUUAACUCUUUUUCUUUUCAGUUUCAGUUCAUUAAAGUCUCUCAUACAUCGAUCUAAGACGUAGUUUGUGUAAUGUGUUUUUUUUUUCUUUUCGUAUGUGUUGAUAUUUUUUAUAGUAUUGUUAUUUACUUUCUUCUAUUUUUAAUUGGGUUGUAU